GCAGGAGAAUUACGAGAUGGUGACCUCGCUGGGAUUCCCCAUUCCCAAACCUGACCUGAUCGCCCGGCUGGAACGAGGGGAAGAGCCGUGGUUCCCGGAUCUCCAGGCCGAUGAAGAAAGGGAAAGCCCGAGAGGCUCCUGCACAGCAGGUGAUAGGACAGUGAGUGAGAACAAGGAGGAGAAUCAUCAGAAGGAAGUUCCUGGGAAAGCGGAAUCGCAGGAGUUGGUUUUGAGAAGAGCUGAAGGGAAUUUUUCCCAGUGCUUGGAACAGGGAAAUGCCUGGGGAGAUCAACACAGAUCAGAGAUGCAGCUGGGAAACUAUCCUGGGAAGAAACUGGAUAAAUCUAUUGAACGUGGCAGAGGAUGCAAGGAUCCCAAGGAAACUACAGUACAGCAGAUAAGUCACAAUGAAGAGAAACCUUACAAAUGCCUGGACUGUGGGAAAAGUUUCCGUUUCAGUGCCAGCCUUAUUAAACAUUGGAGAACCCACACAGGAGAGAAGUCCUAUAAAUGCUUAGAGUGUGGGAAAAGUUUCAGUGAGAAGUCAAACUUUAUUACACACCAGAAACUGCACAUAGGAGAGAAACCCUAUAAAUGCCUGGAGUGUGGAAAAAGAUUUAGUCAGAGGUCAUCGCUUAUGGCACAUUACAGAUCCCACACAGGAGAGAAGCCCUAUAAAUGUGUAGACUGUGGGAAAAGCUUCAGUAAGAAGCCAUGUCUUCUUAUACACCAGAGACUGCACACAGGAGAGAGACCAUAUAAAUGCCUUGAGUGUGGGAAAAGUUUUAGUCAGAAUUCACACCUUACUGCACAUCAGACACUGCACACAGGAGAGAGACCCUAUCGAUGCCGUGAGUGUGGAAAAAGUUUUAGCAAAAGUUCAUCCCUUAUUCAACAUGGGAGAAUCCACACGGGAGAAAGGCCAUAUAAAUGCCUUGAGUGUGGGAAAGGUUUUAUCGAAAGUUCAUCGCUUACUAAACAUGGGAGAAUCCACACAGGAGAAAGACCUUAUAAAUGCCUUGAGUGUGGGAAAAGUUUCAAUUUGAAAUCAGCCCUUAAUUCACAUCAGAAAACCCACACAGGAGAGAAACCCCAUAAAUGCCUGGAUUGUGGGAAAACUUUCAGUCAGCGCUCACACCUUAAUAAACAUAGGAAAAUCCACACCGGAGAGAGACCAUAUAAAUGCCUUCAGUGUGGCAGAAGUUUCAUUCAGCACUCAAACUUUAUUAGACAUCCAUGUCUGAACACAAGACAGAGACGCUAUAAAUGCCUUCAGUGUGAGAAAGUUUUCAAUGCGGGAUCGGACCUUAUUAAACAUGAGAGAACCCACACUGGAGAGAAACCAUAUAAAUGCUUGGACUGUGGGAAAACUUUUGGUCAGAGCUCACACCUUAGUAAACAUAGGAGAAUCCACACAGGAGAGAGACCAUAUAAAUGCUUUGAGUGUGGGAAAAAUUUCAUUCACCACUCAGUCCUUAUUAAGCAUCAGAGAAUCCACACAGGUGACAAACCCUAUAAAUGCCUUGACUGUGGGAAAAGUUUUGUUGACAGAACAAAACUUACUAGACAUCAGGCAAUCCACACAGGAGAGAGACCCCAUAAAUGCUUGGACUGUGGGAAAAGCUUCAUUCAGAAGUCACAACUUACUAUACACCAGAGAGUUCACACAGGAGAUAGACCCUUUAAAUGCCUUGAUUGUGGGAAAAGUUUUAUUCAUAACUCAAAGCUUACUACACAUCAGAGAACCCACACAGGAGAGAGACCUUAUAAAUGCCUGGAGUGUGGGAAAACUUUUAUUCAUAAUUCAAAGCUUACUACACAUCAGAGAACCCACACAGGAGAGAGACCCUAUGGAUGCCUUGUGUGUGGGAAAAGGUUUAUGGAAAGUUCAUCCCUUAUUAAACAUGGGCGAAUCCACACGGGAGAAAGACCCUACAAAUGCCUUGAGUGUGGGAAAAGUUUUAUGGAAAGUUCAUCCCUUAUUAAACAUGGGCGAAUCCACACAGGAGAAAGACCCUAUAAAUGCCUUGAGUGUGGAAAAAGUUUCCGUUUGAAAUCAACCCUUAAUACACAUCACAAAACUCACACAGGAGAGAAACCCCAUAAAUGCCUGGAAUGUGGAAAAACUUUCAGUCGGCGCUCACAGCUUACUCAACAUGGGAGAAUCCACACAGGAGAGAGACCUUAUAAAUGCCUUGACUGUGGGGAAAGCUUCAAUAAGAGCUCAGAGCUCACCAAACAUCAGACAAUCCACAAGGGAGAGAGACCCCUUAAGUGCUUAGACUGUGGAAAAAGUUUCAGAGACAGAUCAGCCCUUGUUAAACAUGAGGCAAUUCACACAGGAGAGAGACCCCAUAAGUGCUUAGACUGCGGGAAAAGUUUCAUUCAGAGGUCAGACCUUGUUAGACAUCAGGCAUUCCACACAGGAGAGAGACUCUAUAAGUGCUUGGAUUGUGAGAAAAGUUUCAUAUGGAGGUCAGACCUUGUUAAACAUCAGGCAAUCCAUAAGGGAGAGAGACCCCAUAAGUGCUUGGACUGUGAGAAAAGUUUCAUACAUAGGUCAGACCUUGUUAAACAUCAGACAGUCCACACAGGAGAGAGACCCCUUAAGUGCUUAGACUGUGGAAAAAGUUUCAGAGACAGAUCAGCCCUUGUUAAACAUCAGGCAAUACACACAGGAGAGAGACCCCAUAAGUGCUUGGACUGCGGGAAAAGUUUCAUUCGGAGGUCAGAUCUUGUUAGACAUCAGGCAUUCCACACGGGUGAGAGGCGCCAUAAGUGCAUGGACUGUGGGAAAAGUUUCACACAGAGAUCAUAUCUUACAAUACAUCAGAGGAUCCACACAGGAGAGAGACCCCAUAAUUGCUUGGAUUGUGGGAAAAGUUUCACAAACAGGUCAGCCCUUGUUAGACAUCAGGCAAUCCACACAGGAGAGAGACCCCAUAAGUGCUUGGACUGUGGGAAAAGUUUUAUACAGAGAUCACACCUCAUUAAACAUGGGAGAAUCCACACAGGAUCUAAACUUCUGUGACACACGGCCAGAAAGGAUUAAGAAACUUGUAGGCUAAUUGACGCGGAUCCAACUUUUAGAGACAUGUUUGAAAACUGUGUAAAUGGUCAUUAGGGCUAUUUCACCUUAGAUAGACUUGAAAUGUAAACUUUUAUUGUUGUGGAAGAAACAAACUCCACUCUCAGGUUGGAAGCAACAAAACCAGAGACAGCUUUAUUCAGGACAUGCAAUUGCAAGGGAAAAACAUCACUGACAGAGAGCAUCUCUGCCUCAGUUUCUUCAAAGUACAAGCAAUAUCACACAAGAAUUUAUACAUUUUAAUGGCAUGCAUUAAUUAAAAACAUCUGCAAUUUGUUUAUGUUAUGUUCUGUCCAUUCCUGUAUUUUCACACUUCUGUUCUCAAAACAUCGCUAUCUCAAGGCUGGGUCACGCUGACUCUACUGUUUCUUACUCACUUCUGACAUGAGCCCUGCUGCUACAAGUCUCGCUAUAUUAGGCUAAGACUUAACAUGACAGUUGCUCUAUUUCUUACAACUGAGAGGCCUAUAUUUAAAUCCUUUAACCCUGUUUCCACAUUGUUAAAGACCUGGAGGAAGAUGGUAACUGUAGUAGUCUAUGUUUACCUUUAUCUUGAUAGAGGUAAACAGUGUAAACAAAUGGUUCCUGUCUAGGGCUGUAUUCUGUUAAGUCAGAGAUCAAAAGGGAAUAUUAACAUUUAGAUGAAACUUGGGUGUAAUAAUGUCAUUGUCUGCAUGUCUCUUUAAAAUUUGUGGUUAACAGUCUAUGAACUGCUUUAUGGAUAAUUACCUUAUGUUAAUCCUUGUAAUUAAUUACCUGUGACGUUUAGGAAAUAGAAGCUUACUUCAAAAGCCUAUUGUUCACCCAAGGACUGCCUGAUUUAUGCAGAAAUCUGUAUAAAAACUUUUGGGGCCUGAUCCUUUUAUCUCAGAUCUUCUAAAACUUUAUUCGGGGGGGAGUUUUAGUCGUAAGACAGAUCUCCAGUCCAGCUGGACUGCCCUGAUAUCGAACAUUUGGACACUGGACUAUAACCUGAUAAAAUGAUUCUGAAAAGGACUCUUUGCAAUUCUGAAGCACCAUCUCUACAGUGAAACUGCCCUAAGGACUCUAUUCAUGUCUGUAUGUAUAAUGAUCUUUUAACCAAUACUCUCUCUCUUUUCUUCUUUUAAUAAAUCUUACUUUAGUUAAUAAGAAUUGGGUGUAAGCGUGUAUUUGGGUAAGAACUGAAGUAUUCAUUAACUUGGGGGUGAUGUGUCUGAUCCUUUGGGAUUGGAAGAACUUUUUAUAUGAUGAACAAGAUUUUCAGUAAUCCCCAUCAUAUUUCACUGGGCUGUCUGGGAGGGAGCCCAAGGUUGGGUUGCUUGAAGGGAACUGUGCUUUGGCCUCUGUGAAGCCAGUAAGGUAUUGUAGAAGCUGGUUUGUUGCUGGCUUGGUAAAUUGAAAUAUUGGAAUAUCUACCAAUUUGGAGGAUUGUCUGCCCCAUUCUUUGCAGUUUGCCCUAAUUGAGCAAUCUCAGUGUGGUCCCACCCCCCAGGACCCUGGUCACAAGUUCAUAAAUGCCUUGCCUGUGGGAAAAGUUUCAUUCAGUUACCGCACCUCAUUAAACAUCAGAGAAUCCACCCAGGUGUGAAAAAAACUAGGAAUAGUCUGACUCAGCAGGAAAAGAUUCAAUCUGAGCUCACACAUCUGUGAGACCUUGAAUGUGGGGGAAGACUCAUUUGGUUCUCCCGGUUAUCAGGCUCUACAAAUCCACGCAUGGAAAAAAUCUGAGAUUUUCUGAGUGUGGAAAAUGCUCCAGGUGGCGCUGACUCCGUAUUGCACACCAAAGACUCCUCCAUACAUGGGGGAAAUUCCCUCAGUGCCCUGACUAGGGCUGGUCACAAUGGUCUUGUUGUUGGGAUUAGCCAGCGCAUCUCUGUGACCCUCCACCAGAUUUUCUGGUGUAAACUCUCUGACGCUGGCAGAACAGAGGCCAGAGCCCUAGACCAAUUCACUUGUGUAUUAGGGUAGAUCUAAGUGAUUGUGAAAUAUAUGAGAGUGUAUUUGGUGUUUAAACUUCAUGACAACUAAUGAGAUGUUACUUGCAUUGUUUUCACUUAACUAUAUCUUGUUAUAAUGUAGUAGCGAACAUUUCCAUUGUGUAUACUCCUGUAAAUAAAUAACCCAUCAAACGAGGAAGAAGCCUCGUGGAAUGCAAAUGAAGAACUUUUACUGAAAAGAGAUAAUUUCAAAGUAAGUGGGCGUUGUGUGUGAGGAGCGGGACUGGGAGUAACGUGAUAUGAUGUGAUUUUGGUGUAAGUGACCUUUUAUCACAAAGUCCAGUUUGUCUGAGUGGCAAGACAGAUUGGAGAGUCUGAAGGGAAUGUCUGUGAGUCUAGGGUAAGACUGGGAUAGUGAUUCAGGAGUUCACAUUUGUCACUAGUUUGGUGAAAUCUAAUUACAGAACACACCACCGACUCGGGGUAUCUGCCCGGUUUUCUGCCAGGCUGCCCGUAGGUUGGCACUCAUAAUUGUGAACCACUCCAGAGAGAGUGACAAACUCACCCUGAGCAUCUUAUCUAUUCUGAUCCCCUCCAUGAGCAGAGUGAUUGUUAGUCCCUGAGUUCCCCCUUUGGGGCCAGAUUGUCUCAUUCCCAGAUAGUCUCACAUUACCCUGGGCCGUGCUGAAAAGAAUUGAGUGUUUGUACAUUUUCUCCCUUAUGGGCAGAAUUAAACAGAUGCUAAAAAAGUGGGAGCAGGGACAGUAAAAUGUGGUGUUUUAGCUUCUGUGCUAUUUCAGGUCGGUGGGGUGAGUCCGAGGGAUUCCCUCGUCCCCCCAGCACCGUCACCCUCCACACUUGACACAGCAGCCUCUGUCCCAGCAACGGAGAGUUUUAUCCUGGCCCCGUUCUACCCCUACACCUCCCAAGAUGUCACUUUCCACCGUGUCCCUGGCUCUCCAUGCUUAGGAAUCACAGUUUUGAUGUCUAUGAGCCUAAGUCAGACCCCUGAGGGCUGGAAAAGGAAGUGUCACAAACCAGGAAGGGAAUCCAAAUGAAUCUGAAGGCAUAUUUUGACAUUUCUGAUCUUAUAGCCCUGUUUGCAUCUAUUGGUAAAAUUGCUCCCAGUUUUUGUCUACGCUAGACCAGAUCAUUUGUAGAUGGGAAUGUGGUUUGUGAGUUUUUGGUUUAUCAUCAUGAUGCUAAAACUUUUGUAAGUAACACGACGAAAUAAUGAGGCGAGAAGUAAAGCAGGUUUAGCCCCUUUAGAAGAAAAUGGGUACACUUAUUUUCUGGAUUUUGAGUCUUCAGAUUCUCUCGGAUUUCACGUUAUGAAUGUGAAAAUGUUUUAUAGCCCACCCGGUAUUGUGGGUUUUUCUCUGUUCCUGAAGGCUGUUUGGUCGCGUACUUGGAUAUUAGAUUAGUCUGCCCGGGUGUAGCUCAGAUUUAUUGACAGCUUCGUGAAACAAAUGUUUAUUUGCAAGAACAGUCCUUUUCAAUUAAAUGUUAACCUUUUUCUA